UGACUUUAAUUUUAAUCCAUGAUAUUAAUUACGUCACAGGCAGAUCCUUUCUGGUUUAUCGUUGAUUUCACGAAAGUUUUUCAACCCCGCGAACGUUACGCCAUUUGCAACUCUUUAGAUUGGGAUCAGCUCGAAUUAUCAUAUCGAUCGAUCGAUCGUCUUACCGUGCGAGAUCUAUGACACUUUAGGUUAUAUCUGAUUUCAUAUUACUGGUUAAUACCGUAGUUUUCUUUAUGUCAUCUCCGCGUGAUUGGCCAAGUGAAACUCAUCCGAGAUAAACGGCGAUGAUAAGCCCAUGCGAUAAUGACAACAUCGCAAGUUCAUAGACGUAAAAAGGCAAAUUCUUAAACAGACAUCAAUAUUGUCUCUGAGAAGACGUAGAACGAUCUGUUAAUUUUACAAAGUUCUACGCCAUAUCGAGUAGAUCCAUUCUGACAAUCGUACUGAUUACAAAGGAAUUUCAUAAAAACGUAUUUCACGAUUAGAUAAGGGUCACGUAAAUGUGAUGGAAAAUUUUUUUUAUAAAGGUCAAAAAAAAAGUUAGAAAAUUAUAAGCCUCGACUUCCUUUCCUUCGAUGCGUUUCACCCGGGAGUCUCGUUGCUCGAAGGAUCCGUGAGAUAAAAAAAAAAAAGAAAAAUUUUCCCAGAAGUGAAAAUAAGAAGAAAAUCUGUAACGGAAGAAAAGAAGAAGAAAAAACAGAGUAAAAAUUUUCGAAAAAUGUGGGUAGUGAAGAAGACAGUCUGCUAAAGUAAAAUGCUCGGAGUGUACGAACGUCGUGGAAUCUCAUAGAGGACUGUACGGAGGUUGUAACAGUAUAGGGGAAAAAAAGGCGGGAUAUUUGAACCGCCGAUAAAAGUUUUUAAAAAAAAUGCGUAACGGUACGCAAACGCAACAAACGGCCGUAAUGGCACCGCCCCACCUGAACGGAUCGGCGCAAUUCAUUUCCGGCGGAUACGUCGGCUAUCUCUCUCGUCAGCCCUGGAACGGGGGUCAGUAUCAUUCUCAGAAUCAGAGAAGUCCCGGCAGACCCCUAUCGCACCCACCGCCGCCACCUUCCAGACGAGAGAGUCAGAGGCCUCCGGCGAAUAACCCGAAAAGUGCUUCGUUGCCAAAUACACGAAGCGGAACCCAUCGAAGUGCAGCGCCAUCGAAAGUAGACCCCGAGCUGAUAUUCACGAAACAGGAAAGAAUCGGCAAAGGCAGCUUCGGCGAGGUCUUCAAAGGUAUCGACAACAGAACCCAACAGGUCGUCGCCAUAAAGAUCAUCGAUCUCGAGGAAGCUGAAGAUGAGAUCGAGGACAUCCAGCAAGAGAUCAUGGUGCUGUCGCAAUGUGACAGUCCCUUCGUCACCAAGUACUACGGUUCCUACCUCAAGGGCACAAAGCUAUGGAUCAUCAUGGAGUACCUGGGCGGCGGCUCAGCCCUGGAUCUCAUGAAGGCCGGCAGCUUCGAAGAAAUGCACAUUGCCGUCAUUUUGCGCGAAGUCCUCAAGGGAUUGGAUUACCUGCACAGCGAACGUAAAUUGCAUCGUGAUAUUAAAGCCGCAAACGUUCUCCUCAGCGAGAUGGGCGACGUGAAGUUGGCUGAUUUCGGCGUGGCCGGCCAGUUGACCAACACGACAAGCAAGAGAAACACUUUCGUCGGUACCCCAUUUUGGAUGGCGCCGGAAGUCAUUAAGCAGUCAGCCUAUGAUUCGAAGGCUGACAUUUGGUCGCUGGGAAUCACGGCGAUAGAACUAGCCAAGGGCGAACCUCCGAACAGCGAGCUACAUCCCAUGAGAGUGCUGUUUCUUAUACCGAAGAACAAUCCGCCACAGUUGACUGGAAACUACACGAAACAGUUCAAGGAGUUCGUCGAGGCCUGUUUGAACAAAGAUCCGGAAAACAGACCGACGGCCAAGGAUUUGCUGAAGUUCCAAUUCAUCAGGAAGGCCAAGAAGAACUCGUAUCUCAUCGACCUCAUCGACAGGUACAAGAAGUGGAAGUCUCAGCGUAGCGAGGAAUCUGAAACGGAGAGUGAAAAUUCAGACUCCGAAGAGUCCAAGCAGGAUAGUGACAUGGAUGAACCAUGGAUAAUGACAGUGAAAGGUCCACAUGGCGUCAAGGGGUCUGUUCUGCCAAUGCUACCGUUGGAUGAUCAACCACCGUCGCUGACCAUAACACACACUCCUAAUCACAGAUCAUCAAAUCACAACCAAUCGCAAAGCAAACCUCAUGCUAAUGGAGCCUCCAGGUCACCGCCAAAGGAGUCUAAUUUAAAUCAUUAUAGAACCGACUCCAGGGACUCUAGGGAGUCGAGAGAGUCUAGGGACUCGCUACGGGAAGGCCAGUCUAAACACACACCGUCACGUCCGCACGAGGCAGCACCUCCACCGCCGGUGGAAACCCGAGAGAACCGAGAGAAUCGUGAAAAUCGUGAAAAUAGAGAGAGUCGGGAAUUCCGUGACUCCAGCAGGGAAUCCAUUCAGAGGGCUCCCACCAAGGAGAGGCGCGGCGACGUUCAAGAGAGUAGAGAGAGGGACCGGGAGAGGGAGUCCAGGGAGAGGGAGCGUGAUCGGGAGCGAGAGAGAGAACGGGAGAGGGAUAAUACACGUGAGAAGAGAAAUAGCAAACCGGAAGUUCCGGUGGUACCGCUGGUCGACCACAGGGCUACCGAAGAGAAGCAGAGACCUAGAAGUUCUCAGGAAUUGAAGCAUCCUCGAAGCGCAGCGCUCUCUGGCGUUAUUCUACCGCUUCUCUCAGAGCUACAACGGAAGCAUCAAUACACGACGAGGGACAAUAAUGGCGAGGGUGGUAGUGGGGUUGGUAGAAACGGCGGUGCGAUAGACGAACUUCGCGGUGCUUUUGAACUGGCGGAACGCACGUCGCCUGGUAUGAGCGAAGCACUCGUCCGGGAAGUCCUGAAGGCUUUGCUUCCUGCUAAUCACUCGGACGGCCGGCUAUCCAUGCUCAUGGACAAAGUUACUUUAAGGGACACGUAGGGACGCGAGCGGGCGAGGGUUCGCAAGAGAUUGUGGUCCGAGAACAUCUUAACACUCUAACCUAUCAUUAUCCUCUAAUUUCCCUUUAAUUACCAUUAUUCAUUCGCUCCAGAACGAAAAAGAGCUUUCUCGAUUAUCGCUUCUUGAGAAAGAUUCUGAUGGUACAGGAUAAUUCACUUUCAAUGUGCGACAGUCUCAUUCGGUGCAGAAAUUAUAAGAACACAAGUACAAGUAAACCAAUUGGAAAGGAGGAUAGAGUCGGUGGCACAUUUACAAAAGUUUUCCUGUACUGUCCAAAUGAAAAAUCGCCGAAAAAGAGAGAGAGAGAGAGAGAAAAGAAGAAACAAGCCAAACCGAUUCGUUUCUACGUCAAAGUAUCUUCCACAAUUGUGACGAAUCAGGGAUCAUCCAGCACGUGCAUAUUGAUUGUUAAGAAAUCGUAAAUCGUGAACGAUAACUUAAUUCGUAAUCUUCGAAUCGCUGUAGUCACAAUGAAGAUGUAAAUUGACAAGGAGCACUGAGUCAGACGUAUUUGAUAAGCGCUGACAUUUCGAUAUUCGUUGACACGUUCUUGCCUCAAUCGUCCGGAGUUCAUGUUAGGCAGGUCACACAAAAGAUACUAAUACUACCGAUCUUUGACCUUUGUACGAGACACAGCUUUCUCGUGGUAGACACUUUUUUUUUAGAAAUGAUAGGGAUAAGUGAUAAACGAUAACGAAAAAGCAUAAACCCGUAAGGGACUUCCAUGAUAAGUCUUUUUCCGCGACCUUCUUCGAACGCAAUGGAGAAGAGCGUCGAUAAAGAUAACACAAAGUACCAGGAUAGACGAAUAAAUAAUUAAUUGAUACAAGUAACCCAGAUGAUGAUAAUACUGUCCACUAGCAGGAUCAUUAUGAACGAUCUCUAGUAUAUCCAAGCGGGGUAACGUACUGUAGUCCCCAGUAAGACAUUCGCAGGACAUAGCGCCACGUAAGACUUAAUGCAUACGCGUAGAGUCAAGAGAAAGUUAGAACGACGAAAGAUAUGAGUAACCACGUAGGACGAGUUGUGGCGAGAUUUUAUUCUGAAUUAUUUAAUGCGUGCGAGGAUGUGUAGACUCCGGACGAUAACAGAGAAGAAAUUCAAAGAGAGGUUCCUGGCCACGUUCGCCAGGUUACCUUGUAAAUAUGUAUGUAGCACGAUAAGAUAGACUUAUUGUUCUAACGGUCGACCGUCUCCAGGGUAAUUGUAUUUGCGAGGAUCAGGAAGCGACGCUCAUGUAGUGAAUCGUCUCUUCUUCGAGGAGUCAAAUAUUUAGCUGCUAUGAAUAACCGGAUCGAAUUAUAAUAUGUUGGCAGCCUUUGUAGAUAUGUAGCCGGAUAUCCUGUCUCGCUUCGAGUAGUACAAUAAAUAAGUCUGCCAGUGGCGUUUGGAAAGUCAAUUAUGCGUGGAGCUGAAGGAAAGUGGCUGCCGAGCGAAAAUGUUCCAUUACGUUUGUCAAUUCUUGUAACGUUUUUACUUUAGUUUUCUUCUGGAAUGUUCGACCGGGUCUAAGUAGACAUUACCCAGGGGCACGGUGACUCUUAAUCCACAUUGUUUGUAAACUAAUGUAUUUUAUAAUAUAUAGAGAAAUUCCUCGUGGCGGAGAGUGUAACGUUUUACAGGAUGAUUCAUGGUUAAUUAAUGUUUCUUCCUGGACGUUGCUUAUCCAUUUGUUCAGGACGAACUAUGAACCGCCUUGUGUGAAAGGACAGUAAGAGCGGUUGAGUGAGAUUGCUUGUAUGAAAGGGUGGGAGAGAGUGUGUGUAUGCGUGUGUGUGAAAGCAGCUUUGAAAAACAUGGAAACGAAAAAAGAGACAUAGAAUGUGUAUGCGAAGAGUAGUAUAUUCCAAGAGUGAGAAAGAGAGAGAGAAAAAUAAAUAAACCAUAUUGAUGAACUUAGUUGUAAAACUGGUAAAAGAAAUAGUAUUAAUCUAGUAAUGGAAAAACGCGUGCACGACAUAAGAUAUGCGUUUUAAAAAAACAUCUCUAUGGUUAAUACAGAUGAAUCGAAGAGAGGGAGAAGAAAAAAGAUAACUCGAGUACACACUUAGAUAGUUUUAUUCCAGUCGCUGUGAACCUUCGAAGGAGGAAGUUUAAUGAGUCGAUAGCUCAUGAAUUACCAAUAACUUGAAGACAAAGAAUAUUAACUAUAGACAUUGUGAAUCCUCCCAAAAUCCUUUCGUUACAUUCAUUUCCUCCAUCUGCUCUUAAAACUAUUCCUUGACAAAAGAUGAAUAUAUAUAUAUAUAUAAAUAUAAAUAUACAUAUACACGACGAAGUUUUACCCUUAGUUGGAGGGAAAAAACAUGCGCUAUCAAUCGCUACGUUUAUUAUUCAUUAAUCAAUCCUAUUGUUAAACGAUUAAUUAUUAUUCUUUCUACGUUGGGUUAGGUUUUUAUUUCUCUUUUUAUUGUCAUUCGAUUCUUUCGCAUCAUUUCCAAUCAUUUGUACUGUUAUUGUCGGAUCUCGAGAACGCAAUCCUCCACGUUCGCACAUCAGCAAUCCUCAUUGACGCUGCCAUAGAAAACGUGCCACGGUCGCGCGACGAAAGUCGCAGACGCACGGCCAAUGCGUACAUGAAAAGUCAUCCAAAGGAAUUACAGAGUCGGUCGAUCUGGAACACGCGCCAAAAUGAUCCACGUCCAUGAUGGCUACUGCUGCUAUUAUUAAUUAACGCUGUCGCUGCUGCUGCUGAACUAUAAUUCCUCACAAAUUAGGGCAACAACUUCGCAAGAGAUUUCCGUGAUAGCGACCGAUCUCGCGUCCAUCUUUAAAUCGUAAUGAAUAUAUAUUUACGCGUACCGCAUUAAGGAGACACCUGAAAUAAUUAAGCGUGCGUUUCUCUUACGCUAAACAGUCUAGUAAAGCGUUACUACAUGGCCCGAUGUACGGCGUUGAUUAUGUAAUUUGCAAAAUUGUAAUUACUACCUAUGGCUACUAUCCCUAAGUCUUAUAAGAGUAUUUAAGGGUUGAGUUUUCGGAUACGGAGACACUGGGCGUCGGGACGACCAGCGUCUUAUGGACGAACGAGAGUACUAGCCACGUUCAUUAUUUCACAUAUUGUGUAUAUUGCGAAUCAUUUAUUACAUUUAUCGUGUGAAUCUUUCUUAUAAUCGUCUUUUCCUUUUGUCUCUUGAAUCUUCAAGCGUUUUUCGAUCAUCGUACGAAGCGGGGGAAGAUAAAUUUGUAGGAGGAAUCGAUCUUUUCUUUUUUUUUUUUUUUUGGAUUUUUCUAGACAUAGCUUUUUAAAUCUUUUUUAUAUGUGGCCAUUAUCGCGAUUGUUUUAACUCGGCGAAAAAGAUUGUAUUUUUUCUUUGGUUUUUAAUUUUUUUUUUCUUUCUUCUAUUUUUCUUCUCCUUAUCUUCGUCGCGCACUGUAUUUCAUUGUUUCUCGAGUGCGUCGUAAUGCUGUGAUGAUUAUGGACUUUUUUAGUAAUUUUAUCUUGUUACGUUUGCAAAUAAUGUUUUUCUUUUGAUUUACACGCGAAAUGACGUACUAUCGUGAAAAGGCAUUAGUAUAAAUCGGUUUAAGAUAUUUUGUGAGAAUUGCAGAAGCGAUUAUUGCGACGCAAUCCAAUCCGAAUUAUAUGUCCCAAUUGUAUCCAGCACUCUUUCUCUGUAUCAUAUACUCUUAGCCACUAUUCAUAAUUAUUCAACGUUAUAACAAUUGUGGUAACAAUAAUAUCGACGUAGAAUAUAUAUAUUUUUUGUAUUUUACUUCUACCUUGGCUGCGUUGGACUGUAUUAUAUUAAUUGUAUGUGGCAUGCCGAGGGCGUGUACAAAUAUGGAAUAAACAUUAAAUAAAAUCAAUAUUGACAGAAA